AUGUCUCCCUCAGUUGCCGGUCAAAAGACCUACAGCAUUGCAUCCAUUCCUGCCGACGGAAUUGGACCAGAGGUCAUCGAUGCUGGAAUCACCGCCCUCAAUGCUUUGACUGAUACUCUCAAGACCUUCAAGUUGGACUUCAAGAAUUACGACUGGAGCUCAGAAACUUACAAGAAGACUGGCAAAUACAUACCCGACGGUGGACUCGAAGAGCUCAAGAAGCACGACGCGAUUUUCUUCGGCGCUGUCGGCGCUCCUGAUGUCCCCGAUCACAUUUCUCUGUGGGGUCUCCGUCUGGCCAUCUGCCAGCCUUUCCAACAGUAUGCCAAUGUGCGUCCAACCCGCGUAUUCCGUGGCACUGAGUCUCCUCUGCGGAAGUGCGGUCCUAAUGACCUUGACUGGGUGAUAAUCCGCGAGAACAGCGAGGGAGAAUACGCCGGUCAGGGUGGUCGCUCCCACGCUGGCAAGCCUUGGGAGGUCGCGACUGAGGUCUCGAUCUUCUCCCGCCACGGCGUGGAGAGAAUUAUGCGCUUUGCCUUUGAGACUGCCCAGAAGCGUCCUCGCAAGCUUUUGACUGUUGUCACUAAGAGCAAUGCCCAACGCAAUGGAAUGGUUCUCUGGGAUGAGGUCGCCAAGGCUGUUGCUGUUGACUUCCCCGAUGUUACUGUUGACAAGAUGCUUGUUGAUGCCAUGACCACUCGCAUGGUUCUGAAGCCCGAGAGUCUGGAUACUAUUGUGGCUACCAACCUGCACGCUGAUAUUCUGUCCGACCUUGCUGCCUCUCUGGCUGGUUCCAUUGGUAUUGCCCCCACCUCGAACCUCGACCCUACUCGGGAGUACCCCAGUAUGUUCGAACCUAUUCACGGUUCUGCCUUUGAUAUCACUGGCAUGGGUAUCUCUAACCCUGUGGCUACCUUCUGGACUGCGGCUGAGAUGCUUGCCUGGCUCGGCGAGGAGGAUGCUUCCAAGAAGCUCUUGGACUGCGUUGAGAAUGUCUGCGAGCAGGGGGUUCUCACUCGCGACUUGGGUGGCAAUGCUACUACCAAGCAGGUCACUGAUGCUGUGGUUGCUGAGAUCCAGAAGCUUGCAGGCAGCAAGUAAGUGUAUCAUGGGCCGGGAUUUGAAUUGGAAUGAGCAAUGAAUCUGUACAAAUUGAACUAGAAUGAAAUUGAACUCGUUUGAGG